AUGUCAGGCUCGAAAUACCUCCUCCUAGCCCUCCCCUCUUCUGUCGCGCGCAGUAAUGACCCGGAAGACGCCUUCACAGCCCUAACCGGCGCGAUAUCUUCCUCGCUAAACAAUGCAUCGAUCUACCGGUUCCCCAUCCCCGGUUUCAAGAUUGGCACGUUGGACGCAUUAGUGCUACAGGCGGACGAACUUGAAAAACUUGACGCCAACGUUGAAGGUGCCGUAGCGAAGGUUGUGGACGUCCUCAGGAGUACGGUUGGGGAGGGGAAUGCUCAGGGACAUAAGACUGUAAAUGAUAAACCGGUGGGGGAUUACUUGCAGGGAUUCUCGUGGAACAAGAUCAAAUACAGGAGUGAUAAGUCGAUUGCCCAAUUGUUGGAUUCCUUACAGAAGGAAGUAAUCUCGCUGGACAACGACAUCAAAACCAAAUACUCCGCCUAUCAGCAAGUCAAAUCAAACUUAGUUUCCGUCCAACGAAAGCAAACCGGUAACCUCUCGACCAAAUCCCUCGCCCCCAUCCUCAAGCAAUCCGACUUCGUGCCGCCAAGCGAAUACCUCCAAACGCAAUUAAUCGCCGUCCCGAAACAACUCGAGCGCGACUGGCUCAAGUCCUACGAAACCCUCUCGCCAAUGGUGGUCCCCCGAUCCUCGCGCGAGAUCCAGCGCGACUCGGAGUACAUCCUGUACAGCUGCGUCGUCUUCAAGAAGCACAACGUGGAAUUCGCCAACAAGGCUCGCGCCGCCAAGUUCACGCCCCGGGAGUUCACAUGGAGUGAAGGGGCAGCGGAGGAGGACGAGAGGGAAGCUAGGGACGUCGAAGCUCAUGAGCGGAGACUGUCCGGCGAGACUUUGAGAUUGGCGAGGACCGGGUACAGCGAUUUGUUUCAGGCUUGGGUGCAUGUUAAGGCGCUUAGGGUUUUCGUUGAGAGCGUGCUGAGGUAUGGGUUGCCAUUGGAGUUUGUUAGCGCUAUUAUCCAGACAAAAGCCAAGCAUGCAAAAAAGAUAAAGGCCCAGUUAGACUCUGCUUAUAACUACCUCGGCGGGAACGCCUUCGGCAGAGACAAAAAUGGGAAUAUCAAAGACGAUGUCGGAGAUCUUGGGGCCGCGAUGCUGGGUGACACUGAGUAUUCGGCUUAUUGCUACUUUGAGUUCGAUGCAAUCUAAUCUACUCACUUGCCUUACGUUGCUUCGCACAUAUAUGAUUCUUGCUGAGGAAAGAUGGCUGGGGACAGGAAGGGAUAAAUUAUGACUGUCUUUCUUUUUCCCCUCAAAAGGCGUUGUAUGUAGCACAUACCCUCCAUCGAAGUUUUGUUCUGC